UGCCCCAUCAUUGGUGUCAGUGGGAGGAGGAAUAGUGCCCCAUCAUUGGUGUCAGUGGGGGGAGGAAUAGUGCCCCAUCAUAGGUGUCAGUGGGGGGAGGAAUAGUGCCCCAUCAUAGGUGUCAGUGGGGGGAGGAAUAGUGCCCCAUCCUUGGUGUCAGUGGGGGGAGGAAUAGUGCCCCAUCCUUGGUGUCAGUGGGGGGAGGAAUAGUGCCCCAUCCUUGGUGUCAGUGGGGGAGGAAUAG